AGACCCUACAUUUUAAUGUGGGUCUGGCUUGUCAGGCUAGUAGGCUACUGUUUAUGCAUUCAUUGUCACUUUAAGGUUGCUGAGUUUAAACGGUUCUUAUAAUGCCCUUUCACCUGCUCUUUUAAAUAAGGCUAAUCCAUUAAACAUUAACAUAGGCGUGCAUAAAUAGACACUAGGUGGUGCUAAAGCACUAGGAAGUUUGCCCUUUAUCAACGAAAAUGCCCUUUUGAAACUUUUUUUUUUAAUUAUUAAUAUUAUUAAGAUUUUACUGAGGUCGGUUUUGAAAUGAUCUUUUGAAAACCUGAGCCAUUAAAAACGACUGAAACAAUGCCCCGAAAUGAGCCACCUCCUUGCGCACACCCGACCAGCCUAUCUCUCUUCCUUUGUCACGUGAACUCGCGCGGUCGCGCGCAGGGCACGCCAGAUGCGCAGCACCAUAGCAGUUCAGUAAGCUUCAGAUAGCAGGCAUGGUCGCUGACAGGCUGCUUCUCUCGUGCCCCAUCAGCCAGUUCCUCAAUCCACCAGAUGGUGGCAGAAUAUUAGUAAAUGCCGAGUCUUCCAAGAGUCAGUUGGACACCACAAUGCAGUCAAUGAAAGUUGUGGUUGUUGGGGCAGGAGUGGUGGGCCUAUCCACGGCGGUAUGCAUCGCAGAGACCCUCCCCCACUGCUCAGUGACCGUCAUCAGUGAGCGCUUCACCCCUGACACCACCAGUGAUGGAGCCGCUGGGAUCUUGUUCGCUUCUCAGUUUCCAGAUAUUCCUCUGGAGCGUCAACAGCGGUGGUUCAAGGAAAGCUUUGAUCACCUGCUGGCCAUCGCCCAGUCCUCCAAGAGUGGUGAGACGGGAGUCAUCCUGAGCUCAGGGUGUCAGGUCUUCAAGGAGGUGCCCGCUGAUAAGAGGCCAUUCUGGGCAGAGCAUGUCCUCGGCUUCCGCUUCUUAAGCGACCGUGAGUUGAAGAGAUUCCCUGAUCACAAGUUUGGGCAGGCAUUCACUACAAUCAAGUGUGAGUGUACCACUUACCUGCCCUGGCUGGAAAAGAGAUUCGGCAAAGCUGGUGGUAAAAUCCUGUAUGGGAAGGUCUCUGAUCUCCAGCGCCUGGCUGACACCUAUGAUGUCAUUGUGAACUGUUCGGGACUAGGAGCUCACUCACUGGUGGGGGAUGCAAAGAUGCACCCCAUUCGUGGGCAGAUUCUCAAGUUCCACGCCCCCUGGGUGAAGAACUUUGUCCGUGAUGGGGAUGGCCACACCUACAUCUACCCGGGGAUGAACAGCGUUACCUUGGGGGGAACGCGGCAGGCUGGAGAUUGGCGUCUAGAGGUGGACGUGGGCGACAGGGAGGGCAUUCUGGAGCGCUGCUUUCGGCUGGAGCCGGCCCUUCACGGUGGGAAGGUGGUGGGGGAGUGGGUUGGCCUGCGGCCGGGAAGGGAGAGCCCACGGGUGGAGGUGGAGUGGCUGAGAACAGCAGGGGGCCAGGAGGUGCCGCUGGUGCACAACUACGGCCACGGGGGCUUUGGGGUCACACUGGCAUGGGGCACGGCCCUGGAUGCCCUGGGGCUGGUGAGGCAGUCUCUGCUGCAGCAUCCCCCCAUGGCCAAGCUGUGAACAGAACGGACUCGGCUGUGCGAAUGGUAACUAGGUAAACAGAUGUAAACAUACAAAAACUGUUUAAUGCUAAUUCCUAAAUCUUUCAUAGAAUAUUUGUUAAAAUAUAAUAAGUGUAUUAAACUGUUUGACCAGAUAAUCUACACUUUUCUAAUCAAAACGAUUUAAAGGAAAGUUAAAAAGGAAUUGUGAUUUAUUUCAAUAAAUGUUCUUUAACACCAA